AUGGAUACAUUUCUGUUUCAUUAUAAUAUUCUCAAUUAUAAUUGUUUUAACUUUUGUUGUAUUUCGUUCAUUUUCAUAAUCUCUUUCACUCUCUUAAUUUUCCUCUUUUUCUUCUACCACUCAUUCCAUAUAUAUCUUACUUCUUGUCAUUCCUUAUUUCAACUCUUUUCCUUUCGUUUUAUUUCUCUAUAUUUUUAUUUACUUUCUCUCUACUUAAUUUGCUUCGUUUUUCAUCUUCUUUUUUUCUCUUGCUUUUGCCUGGGUGUCUUAUUAAUUUACCUCUUUAUUUUAACGUCUGCUUCUUUUUCCUCCCUUAUUUUCUCCUUUUCAUCACUGUUUCUUUCUUUCUCAUCUGUUUUCUUUCUAAAUUUUGACUUCUUCUUUUUUCGUUCUUUUAUCUCUCGCUUUAUUCCUUUUUUCUUUCAUUAUCAUUCAUUCAUUUUCUUCAUCUUUCUACUGAACGUUCCUUCCGCCUUUCUCUCUUUUUGUAUUUCUCUUUUCUCUCUUUUAUUUUAUAUGCCUGUCAAUCUUCAAAAACAAUUAUUCGGCCUUUUAUCUAGCAGACGUAUGCACGUAUGCACUUAG